AUGUCGCAAUACCCUCAUCCGUAUGGCUACAGCCAAUACCAUGGCGAAUACCCGCCACCGCCGUAUGCCUACCCGCACCCCUCCGGUUACCCGACACCCCAGACCGACCCCUACAACUCUUCUGCCGCACCAAUAUAUCACGAUGCUACACAAGCUGCUUUCAACAUGAACAUGAAUUCCACGCAUAUCCCGGGGCUUGGAGUAGGCGGCGCGGUUCCUCAUGAGACUCACCACAGCUUUUCGUCGAGUAUUUCGCCUUGGGCGCAGCCCCCUGGGUUUUCGCAAUUUGCGCCAAGUGGCCCGCCGACGCAGACCUCUGGAUCAAGCCCGUACAACCUCCACCACCCCCACCUCAACGCCACCCACAAUCCAAAAACUGGCGUACAGCCUCUGACGCAGCCCGUCCCGACUGCGGCGCACCCGACCGCCGAGGUUGAAAUGGAGGAAGGGGAGUUGAGCGAGGGUCAGUUCGAGGAUCUGUACGAGCCGCGGGAAGAGGACCCAGUUGCGCCCGCGCAGACCAUCAUGAGCGACUCCGCGUCCUAUUCGCCCGUUCCUGUCACCACGAGCAGAUUCAGAAGCGGAAAUUACCGGACCCCACAACCUGUCGAGGACAAGAGAGCUCAACCAAAAUCGAUCCAGCCCGUUGCUGGGGCGCCAAAACCUGCUGUCCCGGGCCUGGAAAUUGUGACCCAAGCCCCUGCGACCCAAGCCCCGAUCAUACCCUCUUUGAACGGCGGUUCGACCCAGAUCGGAAAUACUGUGCCGACGCAACAAGCCGAUCCAUCGAGUUCUUUCAGAUCCUUACAAGAAGCGAAGAAAGAGGCGCAGAAGGCGAUUUUGCGGUUGUGGCCCUUGGGGGUCAAGUACCAAAAUUAUCUCGACGAGGGGUUCGACGAAAAACUGAUCAAAAAUCUUUUUCUGGAUCUUCGUUUGGACAUGCCUAAGACCGCCACCAUCACCUCUGCCGCUCCAUCGAAGGGAGCGCAGCAAACGGAGGGCAAUGGAACUGGCUCGAAUAAGCCAGGUCAGCCCUCCGACACACGCCCACAACACGCUCCUAUCGCCACGAAGGACUCGUCCGCCAUGUCCGAACAGGCAAGGAAGGGCGAGGAACGAAAAGACCGUAUCGCAAGGCUCCUUGCAGCUAAGGCAGCCAAAGCACCAGCAGCACCGAACCCAUCUGUGCCUACUCCCGCACAACCUAAGCAAACCGAGUCAACUGCGCAGGACGAGAAAACCGCGCCAGCGCCGCCAAGUUCGGCACCGCCAGCCUCUGCAACACCAGCUUCAGCACCGCCAAAACCUAAGACGUGGGGCGAGAAAGAACGUUUGAUCUCAGCAGAAAAUAGCCGCGCUCCACAAAUCUCGAGAAGCUCAAAAGUCCCAGGGCAGGCAAACGGUUCUCACGCGUCGUCGAGCGCCCAAGCAACCCCAUCUCAACCUCGCCCGGCGUUGCCGGGCUUGAUGUUGUCAGCCAGUGUCCCGCAGAAUAAUCCGAACCAACGCAAGCGUCCAGUGGCCUCGGAUUUCGUUGAAUAUUCAGCGGUGUCCGCCCCUACCAAGCGACCCUUCGCCCAAGCCCGCAAAGAGACGUCGCUCAUUAUUGAUGUGAGUGACGAGUCUAACGACGAAGAGAUGGAUAUGGAUAUGGAUAUGGACAUGGGGUCACCAGUUGAUGAGGCAUUGCCCAUUCAAUCCAACGGCGCGCUUGGUCAACGUGGACCAGCUGUCCGUGAUUUCCCACCCCUUACGGAUUCCUUCCCCCCGCGCCAGUUUUCGAGUCCAGCGCCUUCUGUGACUCCACCCGGGGGUCGGGUUAACAGCAAACAGCGGACUGAGCUUGAUCUGAAAGAAAAAGCGAUCCAGGAUAUGAGACGGAAGAUCGCGCUUGCAGAGGCUAAGCGGAAAGUCAAACAGUCCUCUGGUGGCUCGGUGACGCCAGGCCAAACCGGAUCAGAAUCCAAAGAUGGCGACACCCUUCGGCUGCCAGUUGGCCGACCGACUGAGUCCAUGAGCAGCCCGCAUCAUUCAGACGGAGCUUCUGGCCAGCUUACACCGGACGCACCAUCAACCCGGCUUUCCCAGCCAGCCGAGACGCUGCCUCUUGAUCUGCGCCAGCGAGAACUGAGCCGUGACCGCAUCAUGAGUGUUCAAACACCUCGGGUUGCUUCACUCCUCACCGAAACAAUGAAGCGAAUGCAACAACUGCAAGCUGAACAAGCACGGUUGAAGGCCGAGAUCGACAAUAACGUUGCCGAGCAAAAGAGAUUGGCCGAUGAACUGCAAGCGCUGGAGACGGCUCCUCCGGCUGACAACUCACAGCCCAAUGGGUUACGUUCGGAGAAUGACUCGGGUGAUUCCUCGUCUUCCGGCACCGCAAACGGUACUGGCGAUCAACAGGACGAGGAUUUCCCAUUGCAAACAGCAAGCUUUUCGGCUGAUACUCAAAAUGAUGCGUUGUCGUCAACUCGAUCCGAGCCGGGAGGUAUUGGCGUUGCAUCUACGAUCGAAGACGAAGUCCCGGAAGAAGGGCCGCAAGAAAGGCUACAAGAAGGGUCGCAAGGUCGAUCACUGUCACCUUCCGUUACUAACCUCGGCACCGUUGAAUCUGCUGAUGUUGAUUUUGCUGAGCGUCUGUCGAACACCUCGGCACAGGUCGAAGAGCUUGUGCCGAAUGAUGACAUGGUCCAAGAAGAUGAUGGCCGGCGCCAAGGGGAUGCUGGGAUUGCCUUGGUGUCGUCACCCGAGUCACAGCCAGCUGAAAACAACACCCCUCCUCUAAAUGUGCCCGAACAAGUGGAUUCUUCGAAGGCCGACAAGACCACGCCUAUGGAACUAGAUUCGAGAUCCCCUAGUCCGGAGAUGCCGGGACCUACCAGCAACGUCGACCUAGAAUUUCUAGGCCCACUGCCUGACCAAAUAUCGAGCGCCGCGCAACCCCGAAAGGCAGUGCAGGAAAUAGAGACGGAUGUUUCGGGAGAAGUACAUGUCGUUUCUUCCUGUAUCUCGGGAGCAUCGAAGCUAACACAGUUGCAGGUGAAUCAUCGCCCAACGUCACAAUCAGAAAACAGAUUGAAUUUUUACGAGAGCCCACUUCGUUAUUUUCAUGCCUAUCGAUUUCACCCGGAGUACAAAAAUGCAGUUGCCGGUGGACUGAGGUCAUUGACUUACAGCAACAGAAUUGAUCCCGAGAAGGAACUGUGCCCUUUCGAACUUACUGGAGAACAGUGCCCCGCCAACUGCGAGUACCAGCAUUUCGGCUCUAUCAGUCCUCCGGAUGACCAAAUCCUCCUGGAGCUUGGGAAUUCCGACGACUAUAUUGGCGAGCAAAAGAGCCGGUUCAUCCAGGGCCUGCGGGAGCUCCUCCAGAAGUUCAAGGCCCAGAAAGUUAAGGACUUCGACACAAUAGCGCGCGGAAUCAUUGAAUUCCGCUCCCAGUUCCUCGGGGACAAGUCCAAGGUACUCCGCUUGGAAGGAGUCACCCUCUGA